AUGGACGGCAAACGCCCCCGCUUUGUACAAGGCUCACCAGACGAACGGCCAAGAGUGCUCUGUGAUGCGAUUGUGAGAACUCUGUUUACUUACAACCAACUGGCUGGUAUACGAGCUUUACGUUACUUAUCCCGCGCGAACGGAGACCUGUCCAUUCUAGGUCAGGGUCACGGAAUGAUACGGAACCUGAUCACGUCCACCUACAAUGGGAGGCUAGGGUGGAACGGCAUCAUACAGGACCACUGCGACCGCUUCAGUAAUUGCACCCAAGACAUGCAAAUCUUCAAAGGGCUUCCAUUCCUUGAUAUCAAGGACUUUUGUGAAAUACUGGACUAUGUGGGGCCAGAUGUUCAAGACUUUCAUCACAAGAACUGUUCAAGUUACCGAUUGUGGAUCAGACGGAACGCAGCUGCCGCCUAUGGAACAAUCGAUCAACUUGGAGAUUUUGGCUCCUACUGGGGCUCAGAUCCAUUGAACCACGUCGAGCAGCUUCGAUCUAUCGAAACGCAAGUCGCAGGGCUAUCCGUUAUGCUCGUUUCGGUAUGGUUCGAGAGGAACUUCUAA